AUGACACCCGUAAACGUGGCGAAUGUGCUGCUGCUAAAAACUGUUUUUGCGCGAUCAGUUUCAAGCAGUUAUUUGAGUACUAGCGGCGUGAGGCGGUUCAGCCUGUAUUACCGACACUACAGCACCGAUAACAGGCGGAAGAGAACCUCGGUCCCACUGAACACCUCGCCUAUUGAAUUUUCACCUAAUAUAUCUGCUGACAAAGUCAAAGAUUCAGGUGUCACAAUUGCCGACUCAGCCCGUAAGGCACUCAGCUGUACAGACGACACAUCUGCCCCGGCCCACGCACCUUUUAAUGUCAAAAGCGUUGACCCUGAAGAAAGAAAGAGGCUUCGUGCGCACACGAAAGUCGGAAACAAGAUAGCCACGGAAAAGCUAAUCAAAACAUACAUCCAAUUAUCUAAGCCCAGGCUGACAGUUUUGGUAAUGCUCAGCUGCAUAUGUUCUUACGCGUUAAGCCCGUUUCCUGCUACGGUACUGGAACUUCUGUCGCUGACCGCUGGUACUGCGUUGUGUUCUUCUUCCGCCAAUGCCAUAAAUAUGGGAAGGGAACCAGAUUUUGAUCGACGCAUGGUUCGCACGCAGGCACGGCCCGUGGUUCGCGGGUUGUUAACUCCGGGCCAAGCGUACAAGUUUGCUGCUGUUGCAGGAACGUUGGGUGUCUCAAUCUUAUACUGUGGGGUGAACACAACUGUUGCAGUACUGGGGGCAACAAAUAUUGCGCUAUAUGCGUGGAUCUACACUUCCCUAAAAAGAAAACACAUUAUCAACACAUGGGUUGGCGCUCUUGUUGGUGCGAUUCCCCCUCUUAUGGGAUGGUGCGCUGCCAGUCCCCUCAGUCACCCAGGUGGCUGGUGUCUGGCUGGCUUUUUAUACGCAUGGCAGUUCCCACACUUCAAUACUUUGAGCCACAACAUCAGGAGUGAGUACAAAGACGCAGGAUACGUAAUGACAUGCUGGAAAAACCCUAAAUUAAAUGCAAGGGUUGCUUUCAGGUACUCUCUUCUAAUGUUUCCAUUAUGUUUCGGCCUCUCUUAUUUUGAUGUGACUGAUUGGUAUUAUCAGCUGGACUCAGCUGUCGUCAACGCAUGGUUGUCGUUUUGGGCUUGCAAAUUUUGGUGGCAACAAAGGAUCAACUACUCUGCCAAAGUUCUUAAGGAUAGGGUCAAAUUUAAUAAAGGAAUCGCACUUGCUAAUGUUUACGCAAGGAAGACGUUUUGGGUAAGUGUCUUACACCUUCCGGCUGUCUUGAUAUUAGCGAUUCUUCACAAGAAAGGCAGAUGGGACUGGCUGUUCGAGAAGGAAAACGAUAAAAAACUACGUGUAUAA